AUGAUUCCUUUCCAUUCUCUUCAAUAUAUUCAAUUUAAUAAAGGGUUUAAUGGAUUUUUGAUUAAUACACCAAAUAACAAUAAUAGUAUUAUUAUAUCAACUGCGUUUGGAGUUGGUAGUGUUCAUGAUAAUAUCUUUGGAGCUGCUCAUUUUCUUGAACAUAUUAUUCUUCGUGGAAAUAAUCAAUUUAAUAGUGAAGAAUUAAGAAAAAUGAAUAAUAAGCAAUUAUUAAAUAUUUCUGCUAUAACUUCUAGAGAAAUUACUAAGUUUCAGUGUAUUACAAGUCCAUUAUAUUGGAAAAGAGAUAUAACUACAAUGAUGUCAUUAUUAUUUCAACCAACAUUUAAUAACAAACAAAUAAUAAAAGAAAACAAUAUAAUUAAUUCUGAAAGGCAAUAUGUUAAAAUGGAUAAAACUCAAUUACUAUUUCAAAAAAAACAUGAAUUAUUAUUUGGAAAUAAUACACCAUUUGGACAUGAAAUUAUUGGUAGUGAAUAUUCUCAAAAACAAAUACAAUUUUUAGAAUUACAAACGAUGUAUAAUAAAUAUUAUAAUUCAAAGAAUUGUUGUAUUGGAAUACUAUGUCCUUACCAAUAUCAAAAUCAAUUAAUAAAAUUUAUUAAUAAAAAUAUUAAUCAAUUUUAUCUUAAACAAUAUUCAAAGAAUCAAUGUUUUAAAUCUACUCAUAUUAGUCAAUAUAAAAAACCAAAAAUUAUUUCUAAAGACAAUUAUUGUAUAGUUACAAAAGGUUCUUUUAGAAAUAGACUUAUUACAGAUUUAAUUAAUUAUAAAUUUUCAUUAAAUCAAGAAAGUUAUCAUAUCCCUUAUCAUUAUUACAACUUAAUUCUUUCUUCUUCUCCUUUAAAUUUAAAAUUUCUUCAAAUAAAUUCAUCUCUUAAAGAAAAUUAUUUAAAUAAAGUCAAUGAAGUAUUUAAUACAAAUCCAAUAUUUUUAUUAGAUUAUUAUUUAAUGUUUGAUCUUAAUUUUUAUUAUAUUCAUUUAAAUUAA